AUGCCGUUGUUUUUAGUCCUAAAAGCUACACUAUCAGAAAACGUGACCAAGGUCUCAGUUAAGAAUACAGACGAAUCAAGAGCGGAAUUUGCCUUUGAUUUGCAAUGUACCAAUUGCAGGGAAUUGCAUGACUCUAAAAUUAUGAUCAAUACGUUUGAAGAACAUGCCAUGCCGUCUUCAAAAGGGACUGCAUCCUUUUUAAUGAAAUGUAAAUUUUGUUCGAAAGAGCUGUCAGUUAACUUGUCUAUUUUUGAGAAUGAAUACUUAACUGACCAGAAUGACGACAAAUGGGCCAAGAUAAAAGAUGCCAGAAAGAAGCAUGGGCUCUCUAAGACCAAAGAAGAUUGUUUUAUUCCGCUGAAUCUUGAUUGUAGAGGUUGUGAAUUAGUCCAAUUUUAUCCGGACAAUAUAACGUUUGAGAUCUCUUUAAGUUCAGGAAAAAUAAUGUCAUGCCAACUAGAGGAUAAUGAAUGGUAUGAUUACGAUGAUGACUCUGGAGAAGAAGUAACGAUGACUGAGUUUUCCUCAAACAUCAUAAAAGGUAAAUGA